AAUGGAAUUGCAAAAUCUCACAGGUUUUCUGAUGUUUUCUGGGCAUGUCCGAACGCACGUGAGAAACAGGCACAUCAGUUGUUUAAAUAAUUCGUAAAACACUCCAAAUGGGACCUAAAAAAAAAACGAAGAAGGAUUUCAAGGAGUUCGAAACCUUCGAAGACGAUGACAUAACGAACAGCGAAGACGAAUACUCUGAGGGUGAACUGGAGCUUUUGGAGAAGGUCCGGAAGAAACGAGUGCAAGAGAACUUCGACAGUGACGAUGAGGUCCUUGGUCUGCACAACGACGAGGAUGACGACUCCAUGGAGUCGGACAUCGAGCGGCCCCAAGAGGAAGACGACUUGCCUGACGAAAGGGCCUGGGGCAAGAGGAAGAGGACUUAUUACAUGACGGAUUACGUUGAUCAGGACUACGCUGGAACAAACGAUAAAGACAUGGAGCAGGCUGAGCUCGAGGAAAAAGAGGCAAGGAACAUCCAACAGAGGCUCGCCCAGCAGCUCGAUGACGCCGACUUUGGGCUCGAAGGAAUGCAACUCCCCGAGGCCCAGGAUAAACCUGAUGAUGAGCUCGUUAAAACUGAUUUCAGUAAAUUAACUAAAAGGGAGAAAUUGGCGCUUGUUAAUAAGGAGAGUCCAGAGUUCGAGGCCUUGGUCUGUGAUUUUAAAGAACGCAUGAACGAGGCGAAAGACAUCCUCUCGCCUUUCUUGAAGCUAGCGGAGGAGGAGAAUUGGCCUGAUUGUCCUGCGCUGAAUUUUCUGAGAACAAAAUAUCAGUUGAUUCUGAAUUACUGUGUGAACAUAAAUUUCUACCUCGUCCUGAAGGCGAAGAAAAUUGCGAUCGUGGAUCAUCCAGUGAUCAAGCGAUUGGCGCAGUAUCGACAGCUGAUGGCUCAGCUGGAAGAGGGCCAGGGGAAGAUCCUGGAAGAAGCUGUGAAGAUCCUCCAGGCGAAACGCGAGGGUCGAGUCCUCCACAACGUUGUCGAUAGUUCUAAGACCCUCCAGAGGGAGAGGAAGAAGUUGAAUGACAUUCCUGAGGAUGUGGAAGGUGAGGAGGGAGGCCUGGACGCCAGUGAAGACGACGAGGCGAUGGAAGAAGCCGUCGGAGAUGACGGCGUGGAGGAGGACGUCGCACUCGACGACGGAAAGCGACCGAUUAAUUAUCAGAUCGCGAAAAAUAAGGGACUGACACCUCACAGGAAGAAGGAGCAGCGGAAUCCUCGGGUUAAACAUAGGAAUAAGUAUCGCAAGGCGAAGAUACGCAGGAAGGGAGCGGUAAGAGAAGUGAGGAAGGAGUUGACUCGUUAUGCAGGAGAACUAUCCGGUAUCAAGGCCAGCGUCAAGAAGAGUAUAAAGAUAAAAUAAAUGAAUUUUUUAUUUCAACAAUUGAAUUAAUUGGAAAAAUGAGGUUUCAAUACAAACAUCGGCGAUUCAUUACGGAAUAAACUUUUUAUUCUUUAGAAAUA